UUCUAGACCCUUCCGCUCCCAUCCAGACGUAAAAUUUAAUUGUCAUGUGAUGGGACAUGACACUUUAGAGCCUAGGGGGUUAAGAUGAACAUAUUUAAGAUCCUUUAGGUAUAUUGCUUACUUCCAAACUUCAACUACUAUAUAAUCACAAUUCACAAGUCAAAUUAAGAAAUAAAAUAAAUGAAAGGCCAUUUACUUCUAAAGAAUUAAACUGGAUUCCAUAUAUGCCUACAAAUUUUCAGAAACCAAAUAUGGAAAAGAAACAAUUUUGAUAGAUAUUUAAUUUUCAAUCUCUUCCUAUAAAUAGACAUUUCCAUCAAACCAUAGAAACACCCCAAAUUUCAAAACAAAUUUUACUUGUUGAAGAAGAAGGAAUUAAAGAGAAUGGGAACAGGAAAGAAGAAAAUAGAGAUUGAGAAAAUCACAAAGCAAACUGCUAGAAUGGUGGCAUUUUCGAAAAGAAGGAAAGGACUUUUCAGAAAAGCUGAAGAACUUGAGUCCAUGUCAAGUUCUCGUGUUACCUCUGUUGUUAUUUCACCUUUUGGCAAGCCUUAUACUUAUGGAAAUGUUAACUCUGUUAUAAAGAAGUAUUUUUCCAUCUGUAUCCGCCCAGAAAUAUCAACACCAGUGAUGAAUUCUCAUCCUUCCUCUUCUAAUGUUUCUGGUGAAUCUUUGGGGUCAAAAUCUUCAUCGACCCCAAAUGGAAAUGCUCUCUGCAAUUGGGUGGAAGGUAUAGAUGUCGAAGAAUGUCAAAAUCUGAACCAACUGUUAAUGUUGAAGAAGCAAUUGGAAGGAACUAGAGAGAAGAUUGUUUCCAAAGAAUCUGAAUCAUUUCAAGCUUUGUUUAUUUAGCAUGUCUCAAUAGAAUGUGUGGUUUAAAAAAUAAGACCUGAACAUAUUUUUUCAAAAAAUAGAUUGUACUUUUGUUAAAAUGCAGAAUCAGAAGCAGACAAUUACAAGUUUUUCUCAUUAUAUGUUUUAAUUAUUUAGAUUAUCAUAUGAGUGAG